GCCUGCUCUAGAGCUUUAGUUCACUCGUAGCCUUCGGACGAACGCAACGUAAAGUGGUGAGAUUUGUGCCGAAGCGAUUCUUCUGGCAGAAACAUACGACGGGCCCCCAAAAAAUAUAGUCUGUUAUCAUCAUCUGUGAAUGAAAUUAUACUAAUAAGAUGCGAAAGAAGUGAAGUGGUUUAGUAGCGACAUGAUAAAAAAAUCGAUGGGUAUCACCACAUGCCCCUCAUAAUAUCAACAAGUGGUUGGAGUGUCUUGUUUACACGGGUGAUGUGAGUGAUACUUAAGAAAGUGUUAUUUAAAAGUUGGGGAUUAGUGAUUUCAAAAAAAGAAAGACAAAAAAUAAUAACACAACAAAUGUUAGCUAAAACAAUAUUUGCAUAAUCGUAUAAAAGGUGAAGAAAACAAAAUUAUAAAUUAAUGUCUCACUAGAAGAUACCAGUUGCUGAUACAACAAACACACCAAGAAAGGAAGCUGGUAGUAGGAAGGCAGAAAAAUAAUCAUUUGUAUCUACGCCUCCGCAGAACUGUUGUGCUACCGAGCAAAUAUGUGUUCUCUACAAGCUGCGAAAUAAAUGAUGUACUAAAAUAAAACGUUUGACUUGAGUACAGAGUGCCAGCCAACCUUGGCUUAGCGGUUGAAAACAACAAAACUUAUCGCGCAGAACUACUACUUUUUCAAGCAACACUUUGUAUGCUCAUGAACUGAUCGAAAGUUGAAGCGUGAACCUCGAGGAGAAGCUCAUUUGCAUACUAAAUAAAAACAAUCGACGUCAAUCACGGGCACUUCCCGUGGGCACCUAGCGGAGGAAAAACCAAAGGAAACUACCCGUGGAGUUUCUGCUUUCCGGGCUUGCAAGCCAGUCAGGCAUGACUUCUUCCAUAUUCCUCACAAUGGCAGGCUGGACUAGUGAAAAAUUCCGUGCGAGCUGUCUGGAUAACCAGGGUUUCAAACGUGCCCUGCUCAAAAUGCUCAUAUUGGAUAAUGGCAGUAAAAAUGGCAACAUUAAAGUCGCCGAUCGAACAGCCGCUGAGUAUCUAACGGAUCAAGGGGCGCCGAAUAACAAAUCGCUGCUCAACUUUUUCGCAAUCAACGCCUUGGAGUUGAGUGCCCCCGCCAGUCCUGUACUCCUGGAGCAAAACGCUCCGGCGAUUCCAUCCGGCUGGUUGCAGCUCUCGGGACAUCCUAAGAGCAUUGCUCCGGCAGCGAAUGGCAUCGUCCGCAAGCGUGUCCCCAGUCCCAAUGACGCCGAGGUUCUAGCCUACCGGUUGCUAUCCAUUGAUCCACACGCCUCCAAGAUGGUGCCCAAGUUCAUAGGCAUGCACCAGCUGGAGGGAGAGCAUUUCAUCGAACUCCAGGAUCUGCUGCAGGGUUUCCACGAUCCGAACGUGAUGGACAUCAAGGUUGGUUUCCGGACUUUCUCCGAGAACGAGGUUUCGAACACCACCCUCCGGGAGGACCUGUACAAAAAGAUGAUCUCGGUGGAUCCGAGUGCUCCAACGGCCGAGGAGCACCAGCGAAAGGCGAUCACCAAGUUGCGAUACAUGUUGUUCCGGGAGAAUAUGUCCUCCUCGCAGGAGAAGGGUUUCCGGAUAGAGGCGAUGAAGAUGCGCGGCUGCUCGCCGGUGACCGACAUGAAAACGGUCAAAUCGGGGGUCGAUAUUGAGGAAACCGUUGCACAUUUUGUGAAUGGACGAAAAAGUGUGAUUAAGGAUAUGAUCAAAAGACUGAAACAUAUGCGCACAUCGAUCGAGAAGUCGGAAUUCUUCCAGCGCCACCAAGUGGUUGGGAGUAGUAUUUUUAUCGUGUAUGACGACCACAAAGUUGGCGUGUGGUUGAUCGAUUUUGCCAAAGCACUGCCACUGCCAGAGAACGUGAAGAUUGACCACCGAACUCGCUGGACACCGGGAAACUGCGAGGAAGGCCUGCUGUUUGGGUUCGAUGAGGUGAUACGAGUCCUGGAGGAUGUACUCCAAUCUUGUCAGAGAGCAGCCAGCAAUGGCAGGAAGUCUCACCGUAGAUAGAGCGGAAAAGUAGGAAGAAAGGCACCAAUGCCGGCCGGGGAGCUAGUCAUUCUCUCAAGCUGGACUGAGAGAAGCUGCUAAUAGUAAUUAAAUCCAUAAAACCGUCAAGACUGAGUAUAAUGGCGAAACAUGAAUGCCAAUAAGAUUUCAAAGAUGCUAAAGCACAACAACAGAUUUCGUUCGGAGAGUUAGAUGAUGUAUUUUGAACUUAACAUCAAUUUCCAUUAUAUGGCUCUUCACUUAUUCGAAGACUCGAGAAAAAUCUUUUUCUGAUCUGAGUUAUGGGAAACGUUGUUAUAUGAAGAUAAAAAAAACAAUUUUCCAUAUUGGAAAUCCUGCGAAUGAUUUGCCUUAAGAUUUAAAGAAACGCGAUAUUUGUAGGAACCAGAUAGUGACUCCUCCUUCUGAAAUCUAUUUAAAAUUAUUAAUUUAUGAAAUAAGUAGUAAUAUGUGAAUUACCUUUAUCAAUUUUAUGGUCGAAUUAUAGAAAAUGAAUACUUUAAAUACCAAUAUGAUACAAUCAACACGCUAAUGUUGUGA